CCUUUGUCUACACCUGUCUUGCUGCCUGCUGUGGACUUUAGUUUGGGAGAAUGGAAAACACAGACGGAGCAGACCAAGGCACAGGACAUUCUGGGAGCAGUGACCCUUCUGCUAGAGGGAGUGAUGGCAGCACGGGGACAACUGGGACCCACCUGCCUCUCAUCCCUCCUGGGUCAACUUUCUGGACAGGUCCGCCUCCUUCUUGGGGCCCUACAGGGCCUCCUUGGAACCCAGCUUCCUCCACAGAGCAGGACUACAGCUCACAAGGAUCCCAAUGCCAUCUUCCUGAGCUUCCAACAACUUCUCCGAGGAAAAGACUUCGGGAGUGCUGGAGACAAACUCCACUGUCUCAGCCAGAACUACUGGUUCUGGACUUCUGAACAGGAGGCAAGGACUCAAAGCCAAGAUUCCUGGUCUGCUGAACCAAACUUCCAGGUCCCUGGACCAAAUCCCUGGAUACAGGACACACAAACCCUUGAAUGGAACUCAUGGACUCUUCCCUGGACCCUCACUCAGAACUCUAGGAGACCCAGACAUUUCCCCAGGAACAUCGGAAAUAGGCUCCCUGCCACCCAGCCUCCAGCCUGGAUAUUCUCCUUUCUUGACCAAUCCACACACUGGACAGUACACACUCUUCUCUCCUUCACCUGCCUCACCUACUCCAGCAGUUCAGCUCCACGCCCUGCUUCCUGACCCUUCUGCUACCGUACCCGACUCUACCAGCCCUCUUCCAAUUGCAGCCCACCCUCACUCCCAGAAUCUGUCUCAGGAAGUGUAAGGUACUCAGGCACUGCCCACAUUAGCACUGUAUCUC